ACUUUGCAUAAAAAUAGGAGGAGGACACGCGAGCGGAAAAACCCACCGUCCACCGCACCCCGGUUCCUCCGCUCAUCUCUCUCUAGGGUUUCUUGGUUGGUACCCCUCGAAUCAUCGUCGGCUUGCGUAACCGAUAGCAGGAUCUCCGACGCGGUCAUUCCUCAGGCCCGAUUUCGAGGCGUUUGGUCGCAGGUUUUUCAAUGGACGAGUCUGCAAAGAUGGAGAGCCAUUUGUCAUCAGCUGCGGCUUUUGUGGAAGGAGGCAUCCAGGAUGCUUGUGAUGAUGCUUGCAGCAUAUGUCUCGAGGCCUUUUGCGAAAGUGACCCAUCCACGGUUACCAAUUGCAAGCACGAGUUCCAUCUGCAGUGUAUUCUUGAAUGGUGUCAGAGAAGCUCUCAGUGUCCUAUGUGUUGGCAGACUAUUGGUUUGAAAGAUCUAGCCAGCCAAGAGCUACUAGAGGCUGUAGAGCGUGAAAGGAGCAUAAGACUUAACCACGUACACGCUGCUGCUAUUUUUCAUCAUCCAGCAAUUGGUGAUUUUGAGUUGCAACAUUUUUCAGCGGGAGAAAAUGAUGCUGAACUUGAAGAGCGUAUUAUCCAGCACUUAGCUGCUGCCGCUACCAGGGGAAGAGCACAUCAUAUCGCCAGAAGAGGACGGGUUAGAUCAGGAUCUCAAGGCAGUCCACAGUAUUUGGUUGUCUCUACUAAUCAGAAUUCACCAUCAGUAGGCUCCGUAUCUGCUUCCUCUACCGUAGUAGGGGAAAAUGAAUCACCUGCAGUGGUUGCUGUUAAUCCGUCACUUUCAGCUGCUAGUCCAGGAGGGGAAUCCACUGAAGUUACUAAUGGUUUCCCGGCUCAAGUUAAUAAUACAAGCUGGCCUAGUUCAAGUCCCAGGACUCCUACUGGUCUUUCUUCUCCUGGUAAUCAAGACAGACCAGGGCCAUCUGAGUUGCAAUCUCGUUCAGAAACUUUGAGAUCUCGCUGGAAUACUGUCUCAAUGAGGUACAAGGAAUCUAUAGCUAGGAAUACUCGAGGUUGGAGGGAGCGGCUAUUUUCACGUAAUAGUUCUGUGGCAGAUAUUGGUUCUGAAAUCCGGAGAGAAGUCAAUAUUGGAAUUGCAACUGUGUCGCGUAUGGUGGAACGCUUGGAUACAAGAGAACGUAGAACUUGGAGCUCAACCGCUUCAGCUGGUGCUGAGGCCAAUGCGGUCGUGGAGCCAAAAAACGACGGUGUCAGUGGCAGUCAAGCUAGCACUUGUGUGAAUAGUAGCACUUCGUCGACUUCCUGUUCUGCAACUUCUGGUUCCCAUUGACUUAUGUGGAUUAACUCUAUUUCUAUCUACGAGCUUGCUCGAUUAUUUAAGACUGAUGGUAUGCACAUUUAUGCUCUUCAUGCUUUAAUUACUAUUUUUACAAAAAAAAAUUAAACAAAGAUGAUGAGGCUUUUAUA